CAACUGUUUAUGCUCAAAAGAACCAAGGAUCCAAGUUCAAACGACGCCGCUUCAGUUUUGACGCAGUCGAUCUUAAAUGCUCUCUGGCGUCCAUAAUCCAAAUAUUCUCUCAACAUACAACCCCCCUAUGCGUUCGCAUUGUAACCCGCGGCCAGCUCAUUCCGGUUUUUUCUUCUGAAAAAUAAAAGCAACACUUUCUCUAUACUUUUUUCUCCACCUUUUCUCCGAAAUUAGAAAAUCGAACAUUCCCGUUUUUCCAGAGAGAGAGAGAGCGAUGGGAAAUCCGAGUGAUACGCAGAUGAAGUUAGUUUCAGGCGCUGCCGGAUAUGUGCUCGAAGAUGUUCCUCACUUGACUGAUUACCUUCCUGAUCUACCUAGCUAUCCCAAUCCAUUACAAGAUAAUCCAGCUUAUUCAGUUGUCAAGCAAUAUUUUGUUAACGUGGAUGAUACCGUCACUAAGAAGAUUGUUGUUCACAAGGACAGUCCAAGAGGGGUGCAUUUUAGACGUGCAGGACCUCGCCAAAGGGUGUAUUUUGAAUCAGAUGAAGUGCAUGCAUGCAUUGUAACAUGUGGUGGUCUAUGCCCUGGGCUAAACACGGUGAUCAGGGAAAUUGUAUGUGGCCUCUAUCACAUGUAUGGUGUCAGAAAAAUUCUUGGAAUAGAUGGAGGAUACAGGGGUUUUUAUGCCAAGAACACUGUCAACUUAACACCCAAGGUUGUUGAUGAUAUCCAUAAACGCGGUGGUACAAUACUUGGGACGUCAAGAGGGGGUCAUGAUACCUUAAAGAUUGUUGACAGAAUUCAGGAUCGUGGAAUCAAUCAGGUUUAUAUAAUUGGAGGUGAUGGGACACAAAGAGGAGCAGCAUUAAUUUUUGAGGAAAUUAGGCGUCGUGGCCUCAAAGUAGCUGUUGCUGGAAUUCCCAAAACCAUUGACAAUGACAUUCCGGUUAUUGACAAAUCAUUUGGUUUUGAUACUGCGGUUGAGGAGGCUCAACGUGCCAUUAAUGCAGCUCAUGUUGAAGCUGAAAGUAUGGAGAACGGCAUUGGACUUGUAAAGCUAAUGGGACGCUACAGUGGCUUCAUUGCAAUGCAUGCUACUCUUGCCAGCCGUGAUGUUGAUUGUUGCUUGAUUCCAGAGUCACCAUUCUAUCUUGAAGGAAGUGGUGGGCUAUAUGAAUAUAUCGAAAAACAACUCAAAGAAAGUGGACAUAUGGUUAUUGUGAUAGCUGAAGGAGCAGGACAGGAUCUUCUUUCAGAGAGCUUGCAGUCCAUGGUACAGCAAGAUGCUUCAGGAAACAAGCUUCUUCCAGAUGUUGGGCUGUGGAUCUCUCACAGGAUAAAGGAACAUUUUGCAAAGAAGAAGAUGCGCAUUAAUCUUAAAUACAUAGAUCCUACAUACAUGAUCCGGGCUAUUCCUAGCAUUGCUUCUGAUAACGUCUAUUGCACCCUACUCGCUCAUAGUACAGUUCAUGGAGCAAUGGCAGGGUAUACAGGCUUCACUGUUGGUCCUGUCAAUGGCAGACAUGCUUACAUUCCAUUUAAUCGAAUCAUUGAGGAACAGAACAAGGUUGUCAUUACUGACAGGAUGUGGGCGAGGCUGCUCUCUUCAACUAACCAGCCAAGCUUCUUGAAACCCGGAGAUAUUGCCGAUGCCAAGAAAGAGAAACAACCUGCAACCAGCUUGUUGGAUGGGGAAAAUUGUAAAGACAGAAAGUCAAUGACUGAAGACAAUCCUUGUUUGUCAUGAAAGUUGCAUCAGAUAGUGUGAUGUACUGUGAUGUUCACUACCGUCUUUUAUAGUCAGUCAAAUUGCCACCACUCGUAGUUAACACUCUACUAUCCCUAAAUAUUUUGUUCUGCUGUUGUACGAGUUACUUAUAGAUAGAAAUUUUGGUGGAGGAGGUGCUUUAACAUUGAGAAGUUAAUAGUUACGUGGGUCUUUUAGUUGGAAAGGUAUGAUCAGCCAAUCUAUACUGCCGUGGAAGUGAAAGUACCGAUCAUCUUACAUUGUCUCCCUUGUUCCUUUGUGCAGUGUUUGCUAUGUUGUAAGAGAAGAAAAUAACAAAUGUGUAUCAUUGUUCCAAGUGAGAAGCUGUUCUAUGAAAAUUUGUUCAACCUGAGUUUUCUGAA